AUGUGGGAUGUGCGGGAUUUAUUUAUCUACAUUUUAGAAGCAGAUGAAGACAAGAUAAAGGUUCAAGGUGGUACGCUAUAUGGAUUCGAUGGGAUUCAGCAGAAUACUGUUCAACGGACUGCUAUUUAUUUGGUUAGCCUUAAUUCGCCUUGCUCGCCUUUUUUUCGAAUCAAUAAUGCUCUUGCUUCGUUCCUUUGUUUACUAUUUGAGUUUAGGAUUAAGUCGUGA